GACGGAGGCGGAGAGCGCGGGCGCCGGAACACCGGAAAUUGUUUCGGAGAACUGCGCCUGCGCGCCGGGGAAGAUUCCAGAAGCUCGGCGACAGUUGGGAGCGUGGCGUCGGUGGCUCAGAGACGGAGCUAGGCCAGGGUCCAAGGUGUGGUCCCCGACUGGUAUGAAAUGAGUGCCAGCUCCAGAGGCAUCGUGGGUCGGCGCUCCGGCAGGAACUUCAGCUUCUCUGAGCAAACAAUAACAGAGGAUGGCUCCCAACUUCAGAUGUCCGGCUAACAGGCAUUCACAGCAGGAUAAAGGCAUACAAUACAAUCAAUGGAAAAACUACACACAAAGGCUGGCCAGCAAGCGAUGUGCAGAAGGCAAAACGGCGCAAACACUAAAAAACACAGAUAAUACGGCGAACACGAGUUGUAGGAUCCUUGACAGCGAGUCAGGUUGUGGAAUCAGUUCAGAGUUGAGAUUCUGCCCGACCCGAUGGACAGAGACAGAAGGAGGUUGCUGUGAAUGUGAGACAGUGAAAAGCAGCGGAUGGACUGGAUGGGGUGAAUAGCCUCCGGUGUUGUGAGGAGAUGUGGAAGCCAAGUUAUGAGAACGAAUACGCAAAAGCAUUUCAGAAGAGGAAGAUGUCUUAAACCAGAAGAUCUGUGACCCGGACGGAGAUCAUUGAGCCCAUUGUGUCUGUUUCACUUGGGAAAGUUGUGAUCAUCUCCAUCCCAUUACUGGAUGUUGGGUCCUUCUCCUGCACAUUCAAGCACAGUUUAACGGGUGUCAGUGAUGGGGGAUUCGCAGACGACAGACUCUAACCAGACUACACACCACAAUCAACCAGACCUGCUGGGAUCGGAACACCAUCGGCCUCAGACGAUGGAGGGAAUAAGCUCCAUUUCCCGGGAGGAGGAAUGGUUUCCGUGCCCUGAGAGCGAGCGGGGCCUCAGCUGUGCCGCUGGACUGUCGAUGCACCAGUGCAGCCACACCGGCGAGAAGCCGUGGAAGUGCGGGGACUGCGGGAAGGGCUUCAGCUACCCUUCCCAGCUGGAGAUGCACCGGCGCAGUCACACCGGCGAGAGGCCGUUCACCUGCUCCGUGUGCGGGAAGGGCUUCACUCAGUUAAGCCACUUGCCUCGGCAUUAUCAGGUUCACUUUGUGGAGAAACUGUUCACCUGCUCCAUGUGCGGCAAGGGCUUCACUCAGUCGUCCAGCCUGCUCACACACCAGCGACUGCACACCGGCGAGAGGCCCUUCAGUUGCUCCGCGUGCGGGAAGCGUUUCACGCGCUCCUCCCACCUCCUGGCGCACCAGCGAGUGCACACCGGCGAGAGGCCGUUUGUCUGCUCCGUGUGCGGGAAGGGCUUCCGCAGCUCGUCCAACCUGCGCAAGCACCAGCGAGUCCACAAGUGACUGUGGAGGUCGGGGUCUGCUGGUGGGAGUUGAGCCAGGCUGGUUCUCACAGCCGUAGGUUGUUUCUGCUGAUGCUCUCAGUUCAGAGAACCGGGCAGGAGGGCAAAUAAAUCAGAUAAUCGCCGGAUAGCA